AUGGAUAAUCUUGAUUCAUCAACAGUUGCCAUAAUAAUCUCUCUAUCUUUAGGUCUUGUUACCAUCGCAGUGUUUUUAUUUUUGAAAUUUUUUUCUGCAAAAAAAGACACUGUUUUAUUGGCCGGUUUGUCGAAUUCGGGAAAAACGACUAUUUUUACACAACUUGUUAGCAAAUCGAAUAAUAUUCCACAAACUUAUACAUCGAUGCAAGAAAAUACGAUUCAUUUGAAUAUUAAGGGAAAUGUUUUGAAGGUGAGCAACUUUUAUUUUUAGACAAUAUUCAGGUCAAAUUUCAAUUUUAGAUUUGAAAAAACAUUUUCCAGAUCACCGAUUACCCAGGGAAUGAUCGUCUUCGCCAAAAACUCCUCUCAACAAUCCGUCAAUCCUCCAUUCGCAAAAUUGUCUACGUCAUCGAUGCGGCAACAUUUUCAAAAGAAUCUCGUGAUGUUGCAGAAUUAUUAUACGAUAUUUUACUCGAAAAUCAAAAGAAUCAUGUUCCAAUUCUUGUCGCCUGUCACAAACAAGAUCAUUCUCUUUCAAAAACCGACAAAGUUAUUCAAAAUAGUUUGGAAAAAGAGAUUGGAUUGAUCAAUAAAUCAAGAUCAGCUGCUUUGAUUGGAACUGAUGGAAGUGAAGCAAGAAGAUCGACUUUGACAAACACUGGAACUGAUUUUAAGUGGGACGAUUUGAAAAGGUAGAUUUUUGGGUUCCAGAAUGAUACAAGGGAUUGAGAAUUUUAUUUUUAUUUUUCAAAACUAGUCAAUGUUAGAAAAUUUUGGAACAGUGAAUUUUUGAAUUGACAAACAAAAAUUGAACGUUUCUUUCUUGAUUCUCAGUGGGUUUUAUUUCUUAUUUUGAAAUGAACUAGCAACAUUACGGAUACUAUUUUUCGAAUUGAAAUAUUUUUGAAACGUAUUUUUCCGAUUUUUUCAAGUCUUGGUAAAAUAACCUUUGGAGUACACAGAGUGUAAUUUACUACCCGAAAAAUUUCGCGCAUUUUUUGAGACCUAACACGAUCUUAGGGGUGGGACUAAAAUCGACGAAAUUCAGCGCAAAACCGAGAGAUUUAGAGAAAAAAUAUUUUUGAUCUAGCCAAAAAUUAAUGAAAAAUUUGAGGUCUACCGAUUUGAGGUAGUAAAUUACACCCUGUGAGUAUUAUUUGUAAAAAAAAUUAAAACAUAUAUUGUAUAGCUUUUGAAACAGUGAACUUUUUGAAAUAACUAAAACUAAAAUAAAAAAUUUGGCACCCCUUGAAUUUCAUAAUUUUUCCGAAUUUCCGAUAAAGUACUAUGAAAUUUAGAAUGAUUUUAAAUACGAUCCCAAAUUUCUGUGAGCCUAUUUUUGAGUGCUUUUUUCAUUCGUUUUGAAUUUUUUAUUUUCAAAUAUGAAUAUGAAUAUUCGUGAUUUUUCACAAAAACAAAACAACAAAAACCCUACGCAAAUACCGUAUUCCAUACAUGUCCUUUAAAAAGCACAAUACAAUUUCGAAUUAUUUUUAGAGUAUUUUCAAAGUUACCCUCUUAUUUUCCUCUCAAAAAUGAGAAUUUCCAGACAAAACAUCUCGUUCAAAUUGACAUCAUCAAGAAGCGACGAUUUCGGAAUUGACGCAAUUUCUUCAUUCGUCAAAAACUAG